UACAAUGGCACUUUGGAAAUGUAUCGCUUUGCUGUGUCCAUUUCUUUUUUUCGCCCAAAUUUGUUCAAUGCCAACAAAAUGCAUGCAGCGGGAUCUCGUGGAAGAAACUCGCAGUCUACUUGAGAAUAUGGGAGGGCUUUUUCCUCGUGAAUGCUUAAAAGAAAACGUUAAAAUAACCUUCCCGAAAUCUGCACUGCAAUCAAAUGACUCCAAUCAGAACUCUGGUGUAGCAGAGGCAGUGUAUAAAAUCAUGGAGCACAUUGACUACCUGUUUGCUAACGAUAGUCAUCCAGAAUCCUGGAACCAGAAGAAAGUGGAGGAUUUCCAAAACAUAAUUUAUCGUUUAUCUAUAAUGGAGAGAAAGCAGGAGCGACCCGUGGAUGAUUUUCCCACAAGAGGAGAUGCACUGAAAACCUAUUUUGAUAAACUGGCCACUCUCCUCAGAAACAAGGACUACAGUGUCUGCGGGUGGGAGGUGGUUCGAAAGGAGCUCCUGCUUGUUCUUGAAUUCACGCUUGAACUUAAAUCAUUCUGUUAAUUUAUUCUGAGUAGUUUUUCGUAAAUGAUGCUAUUUA